CUCGCUUUCCCGUCCCUGCCAGAAAGAACAGAGGGCAGAACGUUAUGCAGACAUGCAGGUGUGGCCGGAUUUGCUGCGACAUCCAGGUUCCAGUCCCACCGAGAACGGCCUCAUUCUUCCGCCGCCGGCCUUGAUCGAGGCCUGUACCCUGAUUAGGCUGCUCGGGAGUAAAAUUUAAGGUAGGCACCGAGCCGACGACGAUCGACAGGAGAAAAGGGUUAAAAGGCGGGGCAAAAGUCGAUCAUUCAUCCCCCUCCAUCACUCACCCAACCAUCUCAGCAUCUCACUCUCCUCUCAACUUCUCACUCUUUCCAUCAGAUAAAAAAUGCAGCUCACUUCGUCGCUCUCGAUCGCCUCGGCCGCCCUUGUUGCCCUCCUGGCUGUCUCGCCUGCGCAGGCCGCUGACAACCGUCAGCUUGUCCGCUUCGACUCGCGCUACUACCGCUCCGGCGACGACUUCUGCUCGGGCUGGAAGUACAACUGCGAGCACUACAAACCUACCGACAAGACUCUCAAGUACAAGUCUGACUACUGCCAGCCUGGCGACUUCCAAGGCAAGCACACUGAGACCGAGGCCAGGGUCUUCUGCAUCUACCACAACGAACAGGGCGACAAGAGCAUCAUCAAGCACAUUGCCAAGGAGACGGGCGACGCCCAGAUCCAAUAAGUGGCUUCAGUCCUCGCCUCUACUGUCUCUCUCGCCUCCAGCAGGGCCAAUCUGCUCUUGAUUAAUCGAGGCUCGGACUCUUGUAAUUCCUAAGGACAUUUAUCUUUUUCUUUCCCCUUUCUUGAGCUUGCUUCUCUUGUGAUUAUUCGUGUGAGGACGAUUGCGCUGUGCGCGCCUGCUACGAGUC